UCUAUCUGUUGAAUGCCUGGCGGCCACACCGCCGAGCAGCUGCGCUGGAAAGCACCUGAAGUGAUUCCCGCUGCACACAGCCUCCACCGCGGCCAUGACGCUUUGAUACACACCUGACGGAAGCAGCAGCAGCAGGUAAGAGCAGAGCAUAGACAUGGCCAUUGCACACGUGGCUACAGAGUACGUGUUCAGCGACUUUCUGCUGAAGGACCCGAACCAGGCUCGAUACCGCAACGUUCGAACGGAGCUCGCCGUGGACAAGAUCGUGACCUGCGUGGCCGUGGGCCUUCCCCUCCUCCUCAUCUCUCUGGCCUUCGCUCAGGAGGUCUCAGUCGGUACUCAGAUCAGCUGCUUUGCUCCGACUAACUUCUCAUGGAGGCAGGCAGCUUAUGUGGACUCCUUCUGCUGGGCGGCCGUGCACACACAGACUCUACCUCUGUGGCUGCACAAGUUCUUUCCUUACAUCCUGCUGCUGGUGGCCGUGCUCAUGUACGCCCCGGCGUUGUUCUGGAGAUUUUGCGCUGCGCCGCUCCUGCAGUCUGACCUCGCCUUCAUCAUGGAGGAGCUGGACCGCUGUUAUAACCGUGCCGUCACUCUGGCCAAACGGAUGGCGACAGCGGAGCAGCCGUCCGCUGACAGUGAUCCCACCGAGGGCUGCUUCCAUUACCCAAUGGUGGAGAAGUUCUUGAUGACCAAGCGCUGCUCACGGAAGCUGAUCUUUUACUACCUCCUGUGCCGCGCUCUGACUCUGCUCACCCUGCUCUGCGCCUGCGUCUACCUGGGCUACUACCUCCGCCUGGCCUCCACUACAGACGACUUCGGCUGCAAGCUGCGUGUCGGCCUGCUCGAGUCAGACACCGGCGUCCCCGACAGGGUGCAGUGUAAGCUUAUCGCUGUGGGAGUCUUCUCCUUGCUGAGCUUUGUAAACUUGAUCGUCUUUGCCACGUUGAUCCCAGUUGUGAUCUACGCCAGUCUGCGUCCCCUCUACUGCUAUGGCCACGCCCACUUCCUCGAAACCUACCAAUCACUGCCCACUGUGAGCGUCCUGCCCAAACCCGGUGGCCAAUGUGAUGAUCUCUCGCUCUACCUGCUCCUACUGGAGGAGAACAUCAGUGAACUGAAAUCCUACAAAUAUAUGAAGGUGUUGGAGAUGUUGAGGAGACGAGGCGAGCACGCCGGAGAAAGCUUCGACCCCAUGGGCCUGCUGCAGAAUCUCUGCCUGGUGAAGAUGGACAACGUAGACGGGUUGAAACCCACCGGUGCUUCAGCGAUGCCUGAUAAUGACGCGGAUGCUCCCGAGGACAUCCGCGAGGGUCCAAAUUCGUCCAAAGAAAACGGCAGCAAGACGGAAACAGAGAUGAAAGAGCUCAGACCUCUGUUGAAAGAGAACAGCGAUGCAGCAGGAAGCAGCGACGGAGGCGUUCUCCGACAGAGACCGAUGUGAUGAUUCAGCGUGGGAUUAACAAACUCAGACUUUCAAUCGUUUUCUUCAGAGGAGAGAGGAUGGAAAGUUUGUUUUUUUUGUCUGUCCGGUAGAUCGUGGAAUAAUGGCAGGAUGCUGGAGGAUGAUUGGCUAAAACUCCUGAUGGUACUGAUUUCGACUUUCUCUGAAUUUUUUUUUUAAGGACAAUUUCAAACACUACAAUCCUGAAAGCUUAACUUGGAUUUUUACAUUUUGUGACACACAAUCACUGAAUAUGGAGCUCCUGAAAGGUCGCACUGGGAACAUCUUUCCUCCUGACGAUGCUUUUAUAUUCCCGCUGUCGUGUUUUGGUCCAGCCUUCGUGUAUUAUGUAAUGUAUGCAUUGAUCAUUUACACAGCCACUUCCUGCAUGCAGAACUGUAUAAAAACAUCUGUUUAUAAAAACACUGUGACCCGGUUCCACCUCUGCUGCCUCAGUCGCCCUUAUCCGCUCCCUGUGAGAAUCUAGCUUCCUGCAGGGUCGUUCAUUAGGCUUUUUAUGCAUAAACAAAGCAGGGAAUCAGAGCAAUGUAAGGUUGUUUUCUUUCUGUUUUACAUUUACGGUUCUCGCUCUAUCUGCUGAAAAAUCUCCCAGGACUUCAUCAAUAAGCCAAAAAAUAAACCUGAAUAACCUCAAUGACCGAUUCAGACUUUAAAAUAUAUAUAUAUAUAUAUAUAUAUAUAUAUUCUUUUUUUGGCCUUUGCUGUGUCUCAGUGUUUACACAGGCUUACUGCAUGGAACGUCUUCAUGGACGUAGUGUCAGAGUCUGAUACACCUGCGACUUGGGCCACAAAAACACUUCUAGUUGUCUGUGUGAAAACAGCCUUCAAUGACCUCGGUAAACACUCUCCUGAUGACCUUGUGAGCUCAGCUGCAAGGUUCAGGCUAUAUUUAAUAAAACGUGAAGUUCUUUUUGUAAAUUAUGAUCGUUUAUCCUGUUGACUUGUCAGUCUCGAGUCGUGACACAGUCAGUUCUGGUCCUAACCGAUCACGUCGUGUUUCAAAAACACCCAGAUAGCAGCGAUCUAAAACACUUGACACUAACCAGGGGUGACAUUUAUUUACAGUCAUUUCAGGAGCUCCGUAUGGUUCCAUGAAUAUCAGACAAAAGUUUACCCUCCAGUCAGGGUCUCGUUCAUGAGUGAGAGAAGAAGGGAGCGUCUGUGGAGACCUGAGCGUGGAAUCUUUUCCACCCUCACCGUGACCGAAGUGAUGAGCUUCCUCUUCCUUUAGAGACUGGACGAGGCGCUCAGAGGAGAGUCGCUCCUCCUCCUGCCA